AUGAACUCUCAAUCCGACACCCAAAGAUCGUUAGAGCCCAUAAAAUUCAGACAAGAUGUACAGUCUUCCUCGAGCUCGGCGGCGCAUUGGUCCAACUUUGGCACUGCCCAAUUUCAAUUCUACUUCGACACGGGCUACGUCCCCUCCUCGACAUCAAAACAGGAAGAGAACAACCAGAACAGUCUCAUCUACAGAACGCUGCCUCGAGAGCUCGUUCUCGAGAUUAUGUGCCACACAACAGCGGAGGACCUCUACUUCCUGCGCCAGACAUCGCGCCUCUUCUUCCUCCUCUACCCCCGAGUCGACACCCUCUUCGAGACCAAGACUCCCGGCGGCCCCAGACGCGCCCAGAAACUCACAGGCCUCGACGGCCCUCCUCUCGGCCCCUACGCCCCCUUCAGCGAAGAAAUCCUCUUCAACGCCUCCCUCAAUCUCAAAGCUACCGAGAAAGACCUCUGGGAGAAACAGCUCCGAGACCGCCUCCGCCGCGACGCCUGCGAAGGCUGCAAGGUCCAAGACAGCCUCGCAGUUUCCUACCCCGGCGCCGGCGGCCUCGUCCUGCGCUGCGCGGAGUGCCGGAUCGACCACCGCUUCUACCACUUCUCGAACGCCCAGCUGGAGAACAAGAAGAACCGGAUCUGCAUCGCCGCCGAAGGCAGGCUCAAGCUCUGCCCGCACAAGAGCGUCCACCUCGUCACGAGGCCGUCUCAUUUUCCUCCAGGGGAGGCGAUGAAGUGGUUCGAGUGUCGAGAGUGCCCGGAGAUGCUGCCGGGUCCGGGACAGGAUUUCCCGAGAAUCACGAGCGCGGAGGAGGGCGAGCCCGCGUACGUCACUUGGAAGGUGACCGUGUGUACUCUUACGCCCGGCCAGGUCGUGACCAAGGCGCUCCUCCGCGAGUGCCUGAAGCGACUUCUGCCCUUCAGCGACGCCUUGUGUCCGCACGCGUCUUUUGAAGAUGGAUACCUCCUCCGACCUUUCGACUGGGACCGGUGCAUCUGUUUCAGAGAGCCCGCGACUCUAGAAACUGAAAAGCACAUCUGCGGCACUCACAGCCCUCCCGAACAUGACCGUGACAGAGUGGAAGGAUCCCUUCCGCCGGGCAAACACUGCUGCGCCUGUCUCAACCGCGAGAAAAAGGCGUCGGUGGGUCGGUCCAUGGCGGAUUCGACGGGGUUGGAGAAUCACAGGGUCCGGUGCCACAGAUGUGAUACCGAGUAUUCCUGGACUCUGGAGGGGGAUUGGAUAAUGCUGAGUGCCACGCGAGAUCUCAUGGAGAACGCUGUCAUUGUAGGGUCUGCAAAGUCGGAACGGGUUGGCUUGUCCAUGCCCGAGCAUGUUGAUCGGCGCAAAUGGAUACACGCGUUGGAUCCAAAGACGUUCGAGGGUAACAAGUACACGAGAGAGAUUCAUCGGUGCAAAAGGCGAAGUUGUAUUUCCAGCAAGGGCCUGUCCACAACCUGCCUGGACGACUUCGAAGUCAUAAGUCGCUCUUGGUACGGGAGCAACUUCACAGAUCGAAGCGGAUUGGUAAGGGGCUAG